AUGGGUAAGGCAAAGCAAAGCAAUAAAAUCGUCCCAACCAAAGGACCGUUCACAUCAAUUGCCCUCAAAUCUCUGGAAUCACUGCCACCCCCUAACUCCAGUCCUGCGAGAUUGCCGUUUCAUCCCGGACCGCGAUUUCCACUUCCAUCCCCGUCAGCGCCAUCAUUUGAUCAUCCCAUAAGCUCGAGACUCUAUCCAGGCCCACAUCUAGCCCCGAUAACCUCUCGUGAUCGUCGUCACAUUCAUCAAUCGCAUCUUCCUUAUCAUGAACAUAAUGAGUUCUGCUCACCACCUCCACCUUACAAUCCGUUGACCCCGAAUGAAACGCCCCCAGAAACAAUAAAUACAGCGACAAGUCGGGAUUCCUUUGGUAGUGCUGCUUCUACAGCCGCCUUCCCACCGCCGCUACCCCCACGUGGUAAGGUGCUCGUUGGACGUCAUGCAGCACGUUUUGACGUUAAAACCCCAAAAUCAUCAUUCGGUAAAGGUGAUGAUGCUCGAAGUCAUCACAAGAGAGGCAACAAUGCUGCUGAGAUGGAUUCUAUAAGAAUUCGAAAAAAAUUCCUACAUCCAAUGAUGCAAUCUCGUAGGCAUUGUACGGAUGUGCUGUGCUGCUUCAUCUUCGUUGUGUUCGUCGUUGCAUGGCUAGUGGUGGCUGCUUUUGGUUUCUUAUGGGGUAAACCGGAACAUUUGCUUCAUCCGACCAACUCGAACGGUGCAUUAUGUGGUGUCGAACGAAAAGGCUUCUACGACUUGCGGUCAGUUACAAUUGGACGAUGCAAAUAA